CGUCCUCCUCACCCCAAUCCCUCCUCCUCAAGCACCAGAACCUCCUCCCCCCGGCGCAUCGCCAUGGCCCGCACCAAGCAGACGGCGAGGAAGUCCACCGGCGGCAAGGCGCCGAGGAAGCAGCUGGCGACCAAGGCCGCCCGCAAGUCCGCCCCGGCCACCGGCGGCGUCAAGAAGCCCCACCGCUUCCGCCCCGGCACCGUCGCGCUCCGCGAGAUCCGCAAGUACCAGAAGAGCACCGAGCUGCUCAUCCGCAAGCUCCCCUUCCAGCGCCUCGUCCGCGAGAUCGCCCAGGACUUCAAGACCGACCUCCGCUUCCAGUCCUCCGCCGUCUCCGCCCUGCAGGAGGCCGCCGAGGCGUACCUGGUGGGGCUCUUCGAGGACACCAACCUCUGCGCCAUCCACGCCAAGCGCGUCACCAUCAUGCCCAAGGACAUCCAGCUCGCACGCCGCAUCCGUGGCGAGAGGGCCUAAGCUCUGUUCGUCGUCGUCUUAGCCAGAUGUGUUCAUCGGUGGAAAUGUAGUGUGCCUGAUCUGAUGUCACCAUCUUGCUGUCAUCAGUAAUUUAAAUGAAAAAUGUUGGCUAUCUGUUCUAA